AAACGGUCGGCUUCGAGGGGUCGGUCUGGGAGUCGAUCAAAGAGCCGUUCCCCGGACAAACGCUCCAAGAAGGAUGAUGGGGCUGCCUCACGAAACCGAGACAGGGACCGCAACAGGCGGGGAGAGAGGUCACGCAGCCGUGACCGCCGCCGAUCAAGGUCCAGAGACAGGAAGCGUCCCAGGUGAGCUGUGUGUGAAAUAGAGAGAUGGAGACCAAGAGAGUGUGAGUUAUCAAGUUCAUCCGAGUAUGCGUGUGUCUGAUCUCGUUAUUGAAUUUGUCUGAUGUGGUCCAGACGCUCUAGGAGUCGGGAGAAGAGACGCUCCAGGAGCCGGGACAGGAAUAGAAGGUCUAGGAGCCGAGGACGCAGAUCACAGUCCGCAAGCCCCAGCAAAAACAGGAAAACUGACGAGAAGUGAGUUUUUACCAAAGGGUGCAAUUUUUUUCCUUAAAAAAUCUUACUUCCACCCGACCAUAACUUGUUGUCUGUUUUGGUUUGCCAGUCGGCCUAAAAGCAAAGAAGAAGACAACCCUGAAGCCUCUGCAGAGAAGAAGAACAUCAAAGAAGAGAAGGAGGAGGAGAAGGUUGAGGAUGUGAGUCCUACUCCGGUGGAGAUGUUGUUUAGCACUUUGGAAACGUUGACAGAACAUGACAGUUGAAUUUUUGUAUGUCUUUGUCCCCACAGCAAGACUUUGACCAGAACAAGCUGGAGGAAGCGAUGAGGAAGAGGAAGGAGCGAGUGGAGAAGUGGAGGGAGGACCAAAGGAAGAAGGCCCUGGGGAACAUCGAGGAGAUCAAGAGAGAGAUCGAGGAGAUGAAGCAGGGAAAGAAGUGGAGUCUGGAGGAUGAUGAUGGUGAGGAACAAGCUCAGACUUAGACGUUUCAUGGCUGUGUUGUGGGUUCAUAUGUACCUAAAUGCAUUAGUUUCCUCUUUCGAAAAAGACUGAUUUUAGAUGACUGCCAACAGUCUCACCAGACUUCUCUUCCUUUUAGAUGACGAUGAGGAAGGUACAGCUCCUGAGGAUGAGCCUGAAGAAGAAGGCCAGGAGGGUAAGGGGCCGGAGGAGGAGGAGGAAAAGAAAGAGGAGGAGGAGGAAGAGGAGGAGAUUACUCCCGUGGAGGAGGAGGCAGAGGAUGAGCUGGAUACCUUGGACGCCUACAUGGAGGAGGUCAAGGAGGAAGUCAAGAAGUUCAACAUGGGCCCCCAGUCUAAAGGGAACGACAAGGUGAGUUAGACCACUAGACCACGGCUGCUCCUCAAUAGUUUCCUUCACACAUUCAGGAUCUAGCUCAUUGGAAACAUUGCUGUCAGUAUGUGCUGCUUUGGUCUUUUUGUGUGUGAUGCAAUCUCUCCUUUUUUUUUGCCCUCCACACAAACAGAAGGGAGGAAUAAAGGUGUCCAAAGUUGUCACCGUUUGCAAAACUAAAAGGGGACCAAAUGUCCACAAAAAGAAGGGUGAACUGAUGGAGAAUGACCAGGAUGCAAUGGAGGUAAGCGGUUUUGUCCUGUCAUGUUAUCAUUGUGAUCAUUUGUGUAAAUGUAUAGGGCACUACUUUUAACCAGGGGUCAUGGGGUCAAAUGUAGUGCACCAUGUAGGGUGCCAUUUUGUUACGCAGAUCAUCUCCCUCGAAACUCUCUUCAUAAAGUCUCAAGAACUUCUCUCAAAAUUCUUUCACUGAAGAGAGCAGGUUCCUACAUGUUGUGUCACUGUCUUCCCAGUACUCAUCAGAGGAAGAGGAAGUGGAUCUGGCGACAGCCCUGACUGGCUACCAGACCAAACAGAGGAAGGUGCUGGAGCCAGUGGAUCACCAGAAGAUUGAGUACGAACCGUACCGCAAGGACUUCUACGUAGAGGUGCCAGAGCUGGCCAAAAUGUCUCCAGAGGGUGUGUACAUGUUCGAAAAAAGAAUGUGUAUUUCCCGCACUUAUUUUUUUUGAAGAAGGGUCUAUUUGCAAUGACUGUGGUAUGUGGUCGUUUUCCCCAAUGGAACUUAGUGGACUGCACUAACUGUAUAGCUUACCGUGUGCUUCCCAGUCGAAACAGUUUGCGCGUAUAUUACAAAUAGUUUUUGUGACGUUUUUUUUCUUCAGUUUUUGUCGUUGGCCCUUUUUUCCCCACCCGGCUGUUUGUGCAGACAAACGUUUUUCUUGAGGCAAGUCAAAGUUCUGUAGCCAAAGUCUACGCCCCUUCGUCGGGGAUUGGUCAACAGUACUACUCCUAGUAGGAGUGAGAACAAGAAGUGUUUGUUGUCAUUCAACGAGAGACGACUAGUUUUCAUGCACAUUUUUUCACGAGAAAUACUGCACCAAACAUCUUAGCUAGAUGUAAAAUUGCGUGACUAAGACCUUUGCGAAGACAUCAGAAUAAAUCACAUAUUUCUUGAUUUUUAUCUUUGAUUAAUUUGGACUAUUUUGAGGAAGUGUAUCUGGCUAUGUUGAUACAGUGGCUCAAGAGGGACAAACAACAAUUAAUAGUGCAAUUUAUGUCUCAUUUUUCAAUGCGAAUGACUUUGAGGGUUAUGAGAGCACAAAUAGUCACUUCGCCUAGCCCAGUUCUGCCAAAAGCAAACCGAACCAAUGUAUGUGGCAGGGUUUCUAUUAGGAAAAUGUGUCGCCCGACUUUUGACCAGCAGCAUUUUAAUUUACUGGACAUUUUUUUAGAAAUGUACCAGACCCAUAUGCAUCAUUAGGUGUGUAACGGGAUUAGGGAGUCCGCCCACGGUGCUGAGAAUGACAAAUCACAUUUAGAUUACGGUAAUUAAUCUUAACAGAACACUGCAAGUGGAGGAUACAACAAUUUGUGGUCCUUCUUACCGAAUUCCGAUGCCCACAUUUUACUUUUCCUCAGCCAACAAGAUGAGUAACGAACAGCAAGAUCACUAGCCUAAACGUUCUCAUCUGUUGCAUCAGACUCAUUUGCUUUUUAACGUUUAUUUUUAUGUAGCCUAGGCCCACUGGUUGUAUGAAUUUGAAUUGAUCUAUUGUCCCACAACUGUCCCAGAGUCUGUUUGGAAUAGUUUAUUUAUUUCUCGACAAACUGACCAACAGAAUAGGUCAACACAUUUUUUUCCUUCACAUUAUUAGUGCAGCAAUACGCACAAGGCAGUAGGUGUAAAAUGUUUGUUCCAUAAUUAGCAAUUAGCCGUGAAAACACUGUUGUCAAACGCGAGCAGUUUCCUGUGACAGAGAUGAAAAUAUCAGUUUAGAAAGAGGGAAGAUCUAACAUGCAACAACCGGGUUGCUAAUAUAACUAGGAUUGUGCCUUUGGCUACUGGACAAUGAAAGAAAGUUGAUCUAAAAUAAUUGCCUCCACGGAUAUGGUCUGAUUUUGUCUAGGCUGCUUUAAAGUAAGGCAAGACCUGCCUCAUAAUAUGUAGUAAAACGUUCAGCUUUCCAACAAUGAAGUACAGCGCCUUCAGAAAGUAUUCAGACCCCUUGACUUUUUCCACAUUUUGUUACGUUACAGCCUUAUUCUAAAAUGGAUUCAAUUGUUUUUUCCCCCUGAUCAAUCUACACCCCAUAAUGACAAAGCAAUUUUAAAAAUAUCACAUUUACAUAAGUUUUCAGACCCUUUACUCAGUACUUUGUUGACGCACCUUUGGCAGCGAUUACAGCCUCGAGUCUUCUUGAGUAUGACGCUACAAGCUUGGCACACCUGUAUUUGGGGAGUUUCUCCCAUUCUUCUCUGCAGAUCCUCUCAAGCUCUGUCAGGUUGGAUGGGGAGCGUCGCUGCACAGCUAUUUUCAGGUCUCUCCAGAGAUGUUCGAUCGGGUUCAAGUCCGGGCUCUGGCUGUGCCGCUCAAGGACAUUCAGAGACUUGUCCCGAAGCCACAACUGUGUUGUCUUGGCUGUGUGCUUAGGGUCGUUGUCCUGUUGGAAGGUGAACCUUCGCCCCAGUCUGAGCGCCCUGGAGAAGGUUUUCAUCAAGGAUCUCUCUGUACUUUGCUCCGUUCAUCUUUGCCUCGAUCCUGACUAGUCUCCCAGUCCCUGCUCCUGAACAACAUCCCCACAGCAUGAUGCUGCCACCACCAUGCUUCACCGUAGGGAUGGUGCCAGGUUUCCUCCAGACGUGACGCUUGGCAUUCAGGCCAAAGAGUUCAAUCUUGGUUUCAUCAGACCAGAGAAUCUUGUUUCUCAUGGUCUGAGAGUCUUUAGGUGCCUUUUGGCAAACUCCAAGCGGACUGUCAUGUGCCUUUGACUAAGGAGUGGCUUCCGUCUGGCCACUCUACCAUAAAGGUCUGAUUGGUGGAGUGCUGCAGAGAUGGUUUUCCUUUUGGAAGGUUCUCCCAUCUCCACAGAGGAACUCUGGAGCUCUGUCAGAGUGACCAUCGGGUUCUUGGUCAGCUCCCUGACCAAGGCCCUUCUCCCCGAUUGCUCAGUUUGGCCGGGCGGCCAGCUCUAGGAAGAGUCUUGGUGGUUCCAAACUUCUUCCAUUUAAGAAUGAUGGAGGCCACUGUGUUCUUGGGGACCUUCACUGCUGCAGACAUUUUCUGGUACCCUUCCCCAGAUCUGUGCCUCGACACAAUCCUGUCUCAGAGCUCUCCGGACAAUUCCUUCAACCUCAUGGCUUGGUUUGUGCUCUGACAUGCACUGUCAACUGUGGGACCUUAUAUAGACGGGUAUGUGCCUUUCCAAAUCAUGUCCAAUCAAUUGAAUUUACCACAGGUGGAUUCCAAUCAAGUUGUAGAAACAUCUCAAGGAUGAUCAAUGGAAACAGGAUGCACCUGAGCUCAAUUUCGAGUCUCAUAGCAAAGGGUCUGAAUACUUAUGUAAAUUAGGUAUUUCAGUUUUUUAUUUUUUAAAUGUGCUAAAAAUUCUAAAAACCAGUUUUCGCUUUGUCAUUAUGGGGUAUUGUGUGUAGAUUGCUGAGGAUUUUUAUUUAUUUAAUCCAUUUUAGAAUAAGGCUGUAACGUUAACAAAAUGUGGAAAAAGUCAAGGGGUCUGAAUAUCUUUCUGAAGGCAUUGUAUAUGUUUUCGAAAUGCAUACUGCCUCCAGCUCAUUGCGAAGUGGUGAGGAAGCCUCCCUUCCGUGGCUGUACCAGCAGCUCUCAGCUGUCUGUCAGAUUUUCCUCUCAAAGGCUCUGCAUCUGUAUGCUGUGAUAAAUAAGAUACAUAACGAAUAUAUAUAUAUAUAUAUAUAUACACGCGCCAGUUUAAUUCCACUAAGUGAUGCAAAUUAACCUGUAGACUGAUAAGCAUGACGGGUCAAAUGUAUUUCUGUCGACUGGUAUUUCCAUCAGUGAAGAGGCUAAAAAACAUUAUUAUUAUUAUUAUUAUUUCUUCUUCUUCUCCCCUCUGGUGCCAAUUUUAUUAUGUUUUGUUUGUAUUUUUUAUAUUUAAUUUAAUUAUUAUGUCGGCUUUGUAUAUCGGAUGCCUUUAGCCGCUUUUGUCUGCUAAAUGAAUAGUGUCCAAUGUUGUGUCCAAUGUUGCUCAGGGAUGGGCAACUGGUGGCCCCCGGAUCGAUUUGGUUGUGCGUCAACAGUAUCUAUUUUUAUGUCGGUCACUAACAGUCACUCAAUUAGUACAUCAGCUACACAUUUGUAGAUUGGUAAAUUAGUCUAGCGGCCAGCUAUUUAAACUUGUUGUAAUCAUGGUCGAAUUACCGACCAGGGGGCCCCGAUUUUUAGAUUUUGUUGGUCUCUCUCACUCAGAUAUCAUAUUAAAAACUGCAAACAUUUCUCUACGCCCCCACUGCAAAAUGUGUAGAAUUGCAGGAAAUUAACGCAGACCUGGGUGCCACUGCGGCCCCUCAUGAUGAGUUCAGAUUUUUUUGUGCCCCCCCACCCCUAUCAAAGUCCCUGAUCUAACUCCUCUCCUUUGGUUCUGUUUGGUUCAGAGGUGAAUGUCCACAGGUUGGACCUGGAGGGAAUCGCAGUCAAAGGAAAGGGUUGUCCCAAGCCCAUGAAGUCAUGGGUUCAGUGUGGCACGUCUAUGAAGAUCCUAAGUGCGCUGAAGAGGUGAGUGUCACAGACAAUGUUUUACAUCGUAGCCGAUUUAUAAAAGUAACUCACACGUUGUUCCAAACGAAUAGGACAGUAACAUACAUUUUGUUAUGCAAUCUGCAGUUGAUCAAAACAAAUGUUAUUUGUCACAUGCUUGGUAUAGACUAACGCAACAGGUAUAGACUAACAGUGAAAAUGCUGACUUACGGGCCCUUCCCAACAAUACAGAGAGAAAUAAAUAUAAAUAAUAUACAAAUAAUAACACGUGGAAUAAAUACACAAUGAGUAACGAUAACUUGGCUAUAUACACACGGGGUACCAGGUAAUAACCUGCCUAUAUACACACGGGGUACCAGGUAAUAACCUGCCUAUAUACACAUGGGGUACCAGUACCGAGCCGAUGUGCAGGGGUACCAGGUAAUAACCUGGCUAUAUACACACGGGGUACCAGUACCGAGCCGAUGUGCAGGGGUACCAGGUAAUAACCUGCCUAUAUACACACGGGUUACCAGCACCGAGCCGAUGUGCAGGGGUACCAGGUAAUAACCUGGCUAUAUACACACGGGGUACCAGUACCGAGCCGAUGUGCAGGGGUACGAGGUAAUUGAUGUAGAUACAGUAUGUACAUUUAGGUAGGGAUGAAGUGACUAGGCAACAGGAUAGAUUAUAUACAGUAACAGCAGCGUAUGUGAUGAGCCAAAACAGUUGUUGCAAAAAGGGUCAAUGCAGAUAGUCCGGUUAACUGUUGGUUAACUAUUUAACUAACUAUUUAGCAGUUUUAUAGCUUGGGGGUAGAAGCUGUUCAGGGUCCUGUUGGUUCCAGACUUGGUGCAUCAGUACCGCUUACCGAUGCACAGCUUCUAGGGCCUUCCUCUGACACCGCCUGGUAUAGAGGUCCUGGAUGGCAGGGAGCUCGGCCCCAGUGAUGUACUGGGCCGUACGCACUACCCUCUGUAGUGACUUGCGGUCGGAUGCCAAGCAGUUGCCAUACCAAGCGGUAAUGCAGCCAGUCAAGAUGUUCUCAUUGGUGCCAUUGUAGAACUUUUGGAGGAUCUGAGGGCCCAUGUCGAAUCUUUUCAGCCUCCUGAGGGGGAAGAGGCGUUGUCGUGCCCUCUUCACGACUGUGUUGGUGUGUGUGGACCAUGAUAAUUCCUUAGUGAUGUGGACACCGAGGAACUUGAAGCUCUCGACCUGCUCCGCUACAGCCCCGUCGAUGUGGAUGUUGGCGUGCUUGGCCCUCCAUUUCCUGUACUCCACGAUCAGUUACUUUGUCUUGCUGACGGUGAGGUUGUUGUCUUGGCCUCCUCCCUGUAGGCUGUCUCAUCGUUGUCGGUGAUCAGGCCUACCACUGUCGUGUCGUCUGGAAACUAAAUGAUGGUGUUGGAGUCGUACUUGGCCACGCAGUCAUGGGUGAACAGGGGGUACAGGAGGGGACUAAGCAUGCACCCCUGAGGGGCACCCGUGUUGAGGGUCAGCGUGGCAGAUGUGUUGUGGCCUUCUUCACCACUGGUAGCGGCCCGUCAGGAAUUCCAGGAUCCAGUUGCAGAGGGAGGUGUUUAAUCCCGGGGUCUUUAGUUUAGUGAUGAGCUUGGAGGGCACUAUGGUGUUGAACGCUAAGCUGUAGUCAAUGAACAGCAUUCUCACCUAGGUGUUCCUUUUGUCCAGAUGGGAAAGGGUAGUGUGGAGUGCAAUGGAGAUUUUCAUCUGUUGGGGCGGUAUGUGAAUUGGAGUGGGUCCAGGGUGUCUGUUAUGAAGGUGUUGAUGUGAGCCAUGACCAGCCUUUCAAAGCAUUUCAUGUCUACAGAUGUGAGUGCAACAGGGCGGUAGUCAUUUAGACAGGUUACCUUGGCGUUCUUGGGCACAGGGACUAUGAUGGUCUGCUUGAAACAUGUAGUUAUUGCGGACUGGGUCAGGAAGAGAUUGAAAAUGUCAGUGAAGACACUUGCCAGCUGGUCAGCGCAUGCUGGUAAUCCGUCUGGCCCUUCAGCCUUGUGAAUGUUGACCUGUUUAAAGGUCUUACUCACAUCGGCUACGGAGAUCGUGAUCACACUGUCGUCCGGAACAGCUGGGGCUCUCUUGCAUGGUUCAGUGUUGUUAGCAUCGACGCAAGCAUAGAAGGUAUUUAGCUUGUCUUGAAGGCUCACGUCACUGGACAGCUCGUGGCUGCGUUUCCCUUUGUAAUCCGUGAUAGUUUGACGCGUUGCCUGUCUGAUGGUUCGUCGGAGGGCGUAGCGGGAUUUCUUAUAAGCGUCCGGAUUAGUGUCCUGCUCCUUGAAAGCGGCAGCUCUAGCCUUUAGCUCAAUGCGGAUGUUGCCUCUGAUUCACUUGCCAUACAUUGUCCGUACACUUCUAGAUUAGUUGUGUUUUAAAUGAUGUUGUCUUCACAUCUCCAGACACAGCUAUGAGAAACCCACACCCAUCCAGGCCCAGGCCAUUCCAGCCAUCAUGUCUGGGAGAGAUCUCAUCGGCAUCGCUAAGACCGGCAGUGGAAAGACCAUCGCCUUCCUCCUUCCCAUGUACCGCCACAUCAUGGACCAAAGGCCCCUGGAGGAGGCUGAGGGACCCAUCGGUAAGGGCCCAUUUUCUCGUUUUCUGUUGUACAACCCCAUAUCAGUUGCACCUAAAUUAACCUGAAUGCUGGACGUCUCUGAUUUCUAAGUGUAAAUAACAAUUUGAAUUUGCUGAGCAGAGUGGUGUUAUCUAUCAGACAGUAUGAAUGGUGUUCAGUGAAGAUCCUCUAUUUCGUGAAGGGCAAAUAAACGAUGAGAGUAUGUUGUCUGAGUGCUAUUGUCCAUUUAUCUUCCCCAUUUUUCAGCUGUGAUCAUGACUCCCACUAGAGAGCUGGCUCUGCAGAUCACCAAGGAGUGCAAGAAGUUCUCCAAGCCACUGAACCUGAGGGUUGUGUGUGUGUAUGGAGGCACGGGGAUUAGUGAACAGGUAGAACAUCCUCGAACUCUGUGAGGUCAGGGGUUAUUGUUAACCAGUACCUCAUCAUGGAGUAGUGUUACAUGGUUGUAAUUAUGCUUUACCAUGAUCUAAAAUAUAUAUAUAUAAUAAUUAAUAAUAAUAACUGGUGUGUAUAUAUAUAUAUAUAUAUAUAUAUAUAUAUAUAUAUAUAUAUAUAUAUAUAUAUAUAUAUAUAUAUAUAUAUAUUGUACAUUGCGUUUAAAGAAAUCCUGGGUUGUAGGUUUGAAUAAUCCAGGGCUCGAUAUUAAUGCUUGUUCUCUUGUUGGACAAGAAGAAUAUAGAUUUAAAUUGUCCGAAUGGACAAGUAAAAAAAAACAUCACAAUAUCAAACAGUUAGCCUACUCCGAUCAGAAGUGUAGGUGAUAUGCAUAUUGGCUACAGCCUCAUGUCCAAAUCCAUGCUGACAUGAGUGAGGCGCCAGAAAAUGGAGCCAAACAUUGAGGCUUUUAAUUAUAUAAAUUAUAUUUUAUAAAGCGAUGAGGCUGGUGCAACAGAUCAAACCAGAAAUAAAACUUUAUCAACAUUUUAAGCUAAACGGUCUGAUCUGUUGAAUCAGCCUCAUUUGCUUUUUUAAAAUGUUUUAAUGUGCAGGGGUUGAAUGAAUUUAGGAUCUGUCGUCACAGAACUGUCCCAGAUUUUUUUUUUUAUAAAGACAUAAAAAGUAUUUGGUUGCUCUAUUUUAUAAGCUACCAAGUGUGGCCAACCAUUCUCCAGGAGAGCUUUAAAGGGGCAGUGUUGUAUUUUAUUUUAUUUUUUACUGUCAAGCCCUGUAAUCAGUUAGGAAAAGGCAAACAGGAUUGUACGUUGGUUGAAUAUCGUUAUCUUAAAUUGUUUGUUUCUUCCUUGUGGGGCAGAUUGCUGAGCUGAAGAGAGGAGCAGAGAUCAUUGUGUGCACACCAGGCCGAAUGAUUGACAUGUUAGGUGCCAACAGCGGUGAGUGACACACCUGGUCCCACACCUCUCUUUGUGUUAUUGUAGCCAGGUACAUAUAACGAUAGGGAUUUCUGAUAUGUGAUAAACUUGCAGUGUCUGUUUUUUAAAAUAUAUAUAUAUUUUUUAAAAGUCUGCAAUGUCCAGUGUUAUAAUUAUUUUGACGUAGAAACGUCACUAACUGACCCUGAAAACACAAGCACUGAAGGUACUGAUAGAAAGUGAGCUGUAAAUGUCCUGCCUUGCAUGGAAUGUUUCUGUAUGAGAGUCAAGUCAGUACCACUUUUACUAAACUGUCAACAUUAUCUGACCACCUUGGGAGUCAUAUCCUCAAGCCAUUUGAAGUGUUUCCUGAAGAAUAAUUUCAGCUACAGGUAGGUGGAGACACGAUACCGCCUCGUGGUCCUCACGUUCAGAGGCGUAAGUCCCAAGUUUUCAAACAACCUCUAUCCAAGUCAAAUGUUGCUUGUUUUUAGUCAUGUAAAAGGCAGACAUGUGACUCGUGUAUGGAUUUGAAUAACAUGUGAAGCUUUAAAGUAGAUCAUUGUUGUCCGAAAGGUGUGAAAUAUAUUUUGAUCAGUAUUAAAGUCAUUGUUUUAUGACAGUAUAUAAAUGCUAAAUUAAAACAUUAAAAACAUGUAAUGAAACAGACAGUAUAGCGUUCUUUCCUUCCACACAUGCCAGGUAAUCUCUAUGUUUCCUUUUUAGGUGAAAAGACGGUCAGAUAGUGCAUCAUGUGGCCCCAUCUCUUUUAUUGUAUUGGCUGUUUUCUGACAUUUACAGGUUCCUCGUGCCCCUGAGAUGGUACGCAACACAAGACAAAAUAUAGAAACCAAAUAAUCUGGCUACUUUAAAAGUAGUCCUGAACAGAACAAAUGGCAGUUGUGUGAAUUGAAGUGAAGUAUUUAAAUGCCCUAGGAAAAGGAUAGCCCCUUUUGUAUAGGCUUGUUGAGGUAUAUUUACCAGUAGGUUCAGGAACUUUGUGUGAAAGCUUUGAGUGAACCUACUUUCCAGAGAGUAACUUGUUUUCCUGUGUCACUAUACUUUCCUUGGGUGUGUAGGUCGGGUCACAAACCUGCGGCGAGCCACGUACGUGGUGGUGGACGAGGCAGAUAGAAUGUUCGACAUGGGCUUUGAGCCACAGGUAGGUGCUCCUCCAGAUAGAAUAUUCAACAUGGGCUUUGAGCCACAGGGAGGUGCUCCUCCAGAUAUAAUAUUCAACAUGGGCUUUGAGCCACAGGGAGGUGCUCCUCCAGAUAGAAUAUUCAAUAUGGGCUUUGAGCCACAGGGAGGUGCUCCUCCAGAUAGAAUAUUCAACAUGGGCUUUGAGCCACAGGGAGGUGCUCCUCCAGAUAUAAUAUUCAACAUGGGCUUUGAGCCACAGGGAGGUGGCACAUUAUUGUCAUUAUAGACGCACAUUAUUGUCAUUAAUUUGUUAAUAAUUAAAAUCCAAGGAGGUGUUUUUAAGCGUAUUAAAACACAAAAACAGACUUGCAUCAAUUCAUCUCAUAGCAGCUAUUUAAACCUGACCCUGGCACCAGAAUAAUAGGUAAAAUCCUCUCCUGUAAUGUUUCCUUCCCCCAGGUGAUGCGUAUCAUGGACAACGUGCGUCCAGACCGGCAGACGGUCAUGUUCUCAGCCACGUUCCCGCGGGCCAUGGAGGCCCUGGCCAGGAGGAUCCUCUCCAAGCCCAUCGAGGUGCAGGUGGGAGGCAGGAGUGUGGUGUGCUCCGACGUGGAGCAACAUGUGGUAAGACUGGCCUUUUUACAUUCUCCCGGUGCGUCCCAAAUAUCACCCUAUAUUGUACACUACUUUUGACCAAGGACCAUAGGGCUCUGGUCAAAGGUAGUGCACUGUAAAGGGAGUAGGGUGCGUCCUCCAUCUCAUUAUCCUUUUUUGGUGCCCUAUGGAUAGUGCCAGGAGUUAUUUCCUGUAGUCAGUAUGAUGAGGAAAAACUCCUGUUCCACUCUGGAUAUUAUAUCAUUUGUAAACCAUCCAGUCAGAGUAGGGUUCCCCAACUGGCCGCCUGCAGGCCGUUGAUUUUAUUUUGCUCCUAAAGUUUUAUGAGCAAAACAGUUAUUUAUUUAUUUUUGGACAUAAGACUGUAAAAACACUAGCAAGUGAUUUUUAAUUUUGGAAAUGUGUUCCAAAAAAUUAUCACGCAUAGUAAAGAUACAGUAUAGACUGUAUGCGAUCGUAUACCAACGUAAGAAAGGUUUUAAAUUAUGUUUUAGUCAAAUAUUAGAUCUGUUUGGGCUUCUUGCAGUCAAUUUUCAGUUUAUAAAUGAUGUGUUUUUUUAUAGUUUUUUUAUUUCACCUUUAUUUAAUUGUGUAAUUAUGUUCUGGCCCCCUGACCAUCCGCUCAAGAAGAAAUCGGCCCGCGUCUGAAUCUAGUUGAUGGUCCCUCCGUUAGAGGAUGGUUUACAUGUGUCAAUGUAUUGAUUGGUUCUGUUGAUGUUUUGAUUGGUUCUGUCAAUGUAUUGAUUGGUUCUGUUGAUGUUUUGAUUGGUUCUGUCAAUGUAUUGAUUGGAUUCUGUUGAUGUUUUGCACCAUAAUGACUUUGGCACAAUAACCGUGUAACCAACGGUUAUGAAUGAAGACCGUCAUGAAAAUAAAAUAACCAUCAUAAUCGUUAAAUAAAUAAUUCUAUAUAUAUAUAUAUGCUGAACCAAAAAUAUCAACGCAACAUGCAACAAUUUUAAAGAUUUUACUGAGUUACAUAAAUUAAUUAGGCCCUAAUCUACAGUACCAGUCAAAAGUUUGGACACACCUACUCUUUCCAGGGUUUUUCUAUCAUUGGACUACUUUCUACAUUGUAGAAUAAUAGUGAAGAAAUCAAUCAUGUAGUAACCAAGUGGAAUCAUGUAGUAACCAAGUGGAAUCAUGUAGUAACCAAGUGGAAUCAUGUAGUAACCAAGUGGAGUCAUGUAGUAACCAAAAAAGUGUUAAGAAAUAGAUACUUCAAAUAGCCACCCUUUGCCUUGAUGACAGCUUUGCGCAUGGGUGACAUGUCUGGUGAGUAUGCAGGCCAUCGAAGAACUGGGAAAAUGUCCUCUUCCAGGAAUUGUGUACAGAUCCUUGCGACAUUGGGCUGUGCAUUAUCAUGCUCAAACAUGAGGUGAUGGUGGCGGAUGAAUGGCACGACAAUGAACCUCAGGAUCUCGUCACGGUAUCUCUGUGCAUUCAAAUUGCCAUCGAUUUAAAAUGCAAUCGUGUUCUUUGUCCAUAGCUUAUGUCUGUCCAUACCAUAACCCCACCGCCACCAUGGGGCACUCUGUUCACAACGUUGAGCAAACCGCUCGCCCACACGACGCCGUACACGCUGUUCUGCCAUCUGCUCAGUACAGUUGAAACUGCGAUUCAUUCAUCUGUGAAGAGCACACUUCUCCAGUGGCCAUCAAAGGUGAGCAUUUUCCCACUCAAGUCAGUUACGACGCUGAACUGCAGUCAGGUCAAGACUCUGGUGAGGACGACGAGCACGCAGAUGAGCCAGUCAGGUCAAGACCCUGGUGAGGACGACGAGCACGCAGAUGAGCCAGUCAGGUCAAGACUCUGGUGAGGACGACGAGCACGCUGAUGAGCCAGUCAGGUCAAGACUCUGGUGAGGACGACGAGCACGCAGAUGAGCCAGUCAGGUCAAGACUCUGGUGAGGACGACGAGCACGCUGAUGAGCCAGUCAGGUCAAGACUCUGGUGAGGACGACGAGCACGCAGAUGAGCCAGUCAGGUCAAGACUCUGGUGAGGACGACGAGCACGCAGAUGAGCCAGUCAGGUCAAGACUCUGGUGAGGACGACGAGCACGCUGAUGAGCCAGUCAGGUCAAGACUCUGGUGAGGACGACGAGCACGCUGAUGAGCCAGUCAGGUCAAGACCCUGGUGAGGACGACGAGCACGCUGAUGAGCCAGUCAGGUCAAGACUCUGGUGAGGACGACGAGCACGCUGAUGAGCCAGUCAGGUCAAGACUCUGGUGAGGACGACGAGCACGCAGAUGAGCCAGUCAGGUCAAGACCCUGGUGAGGACGACGAGCACGCUGAUGAGCCAGUCAGGUCAAGACUCUGGUGAGGACGACGAGCAGAUGAGCCAGUCAGGUCAAGACUCUGGUGAGGAAGACGAGCCAGUCAGGUCAAGACUCUGGUGAGGAAGACGAGCUGACGAGCCAGUCAGGUCAAGAGUCUGGUGAGGAAGACGAGCACGCUGAUGAGCCAGUCAGGUCAAGACCCUGGUGAGGAAGACGAGCUGAUGAGCUUCCCUAAGACGGUUUGUGCUGAAAUUCUUUGGAUGUGCAAACCCACCGUUUCCUCGGCUGUCUGGGUGGUUGGUCUCAGACGAUCCCGCAGGUAAAGAAGCCUGAUGUGGAGGUCCUGGGCUGGCGUGGUUACACAUGGUCUGCGGGUUGUGAGGCCGGAUGGACGUACUGCCAAAUUAUCUUAAACGACGUUGGAGGCGGCUUAUGGUAGAGAAAUUAACAUUAAAUUAUCUGUCAACAGCUCUGGUGGACAUUCCUGCAGUCGGCAUGCCAAUUGCACGCUCCCGCAAAACUUGAGACAUCUGUGGCAUUGUGUUGUGUGACAAAACUGCACAUCUUAGAGUGCCCUUUUAUUGUCCCCAGCACAAGGUGCACCUGUGUAAUGAUCAUGCUGUUUAGUCAGCUUCUUGAUAUGCCACACCUGUCAGGUGGAUUGAUUAUCUUGGCAAUGGAGAAAUGCUCACUAACAGGGAUAUAAACAAAUUUGUGCACAAACUUUGAGAUAAAUAAGCUUUCUGUGCGUAUGAAACAUUUCUGGGAUCUUAUUUCAGCUCAUGGAACAUGGGACCAACACUUUACAUGUUGCGUUUUUAUAUUUUUGUUCAGUGUGUAUACAGUGCCUUCAGAAAGUAUUCACACCCCUUUACUUUUUCCACAUUUUGUGUUACAGCCUAAAUUUAAAAUGGAUACAAUUUUUAGAUUUUGUGUGACUGGCCUACACACAAUACCCCAUUUAAAAAUGUUAAUGAAUAAGAAGAUAUCUCAUACUUUAUAUAUUCCAUAUUGGUCAUUUUGCUAAAUGAGUGUUGCUGCCAUUUCUCUCUAUCUAGCUGAAGUCGCACAGACGUCCAUGUUUUUCCUCAUCGUGUAUUCUCUCCAUCUAGCUGGUAAUCGAGGAGGACCAGAAGUUCCUGAAGCUGCUGGAGAUACUGGGUCAUUACCAGGAGAAGGGCUCGGUCAUCAUCUUCGUGGACAAACAGGAGCACGCUGACGGGCUGCUCAAAGACCUGAUGAAGGCCUCCUACCCCUGCAUGUCUCUACACGGGGGUAAUGUCAUGCAAACACACCGUUAGUCUGAGGCUCUUCCCCAAAUGGUCCUCUGGUCAAAAGUAGUGCAUUAUGUAGAGCCUUCAAACUCAACUCUGGACCUGGAAGCCAGUUCCACUGCGUUCCCCUCUAAUCAGGGACUGAUUUUAGACCUGGGACACCAGAUGUGUGCAAUUUUAAUUAUCAGGUAGAACAGAAAACCAGCAGGCUCCGGACGUCAUAGGGUAAGAGUUGAAUAGCCCAUGAUGUAGAGUAUUGGGGGCCAUUUGGGACGCCCCUGAGUUAGUCCGGGGUUUGAAAGUGACCCAUUUUCAUUUUAUUAUAGCUUCUAAUUAAACCACGUUUUAUGGCAGAUGAACGUUUCGCCCUCUACCAUGUUUAGUCGUUUGAACUAUGUCCUUUGACAACAAGCGUUUGUUUGUCUCCGUCCCACUCCCUGUAGGCAUUGACCAGUACGACAGAGACAGUGUCAUCAAUGACUUUAAGAACGGGGCGUGUCGGCUGAUGGUGGCCACCUCUGUGGCAGCCAGGGGGCUGGACAUCAAGCAGCUGAUCCUGGUCGUCAACUACAACUGCCCCAACCACUACGAGGACUACGUCCACAGGGCCGGACGCACAGGGAGAGCCGGGAACAAAGUCAGUGGUGGCUCUGCACUAGGCUAUCAACCUAAUUCGUUAUUAUUACUGGUUUAUCAAGAAUUCCAGAAAUUCUGAUCACUGAAACAAAUCACUGGGCAAAAUUUUAAAAAUGUUCAUCCCCCAAGGACCUCUUCAACCAUAUUAGAAGGAAAAAAAGGAGAGAUUCUCACUGAAACAUUUGAUUGAUAUGUGUUUCCGUCUUCUGGUGGUACGAGUACUGGGGUGAUGUCGGCGUUAAUGUGUCACCGUGUUUGAGGUGUUGGCAGCUGCAUAGGCUAUUCUCAUGAGCAGUGGCGACAUACUCUCUCUGUCCAUCACCGUUGUAAUCUACUGGGAAGCCAAAAUGUUCCCAAACUGGAGAUUUAAACGAUGAUGGAGACUCCUCCUGGUUUAUCGACCCCACCACUCGCCAUCAUACAGAAUUAGUUCCCGGCUGCGCCUCACAAAAGGACAGUUUGAAAUUAAAGUCUUGAAUUUUGAUUACACAAUUUUACAUUUUACAUUUUAGUAAUUUAAGGGCACAUCGACAGAUUUUUCACCUAGUCGGCUCGGGGAUUAGAACCAGCGACCUUUCGGUUACUGGCACAACGCUCUUAACCACUAAGCUACCUGCCACAAAUUUCAGCUCAGAUUUACUCGAGCUGCGUAAGCAUAGCCUAUAGGCCUGGCGUUUUUAAUUGGUUGGAUCUUUUUCGACGUAUUCAUUUGGGUUCACAGUGAGGACCGAACCCACGUCCCCCCUGUACUGAACGGUUCGCUACAAAUACCUAUACACUGUUACAACCCUCAUUUAAAAACCACCCCGAUUUGUUGUGUCCUCAGGGCUUUGCCUACACCUUCAUUACAGACGAGCAGGCGCGCUACGCCGGGGAUAUCAUCAAGGCCCUGGAGCUCUCGGGGUCCCCUGUGCCCAAAGAACUGGAGCAGCUGUGGCUGUCCUUCAAAAACCAACGGCAAGCGGUAAAGAGGAAGACUAAUGUAGUGUUGUUCCGGUGUUGUCAUGGAAGCUCACUGUCUUUUUGUAUGCGGAAUGUGUGGCCAGCUAAAACCGUGCGUUGGAGCUGAUGAUUGUCAGCGACGAUUUACAUAUUAUGUUCUGUGGCCUUUGUUUCUUCAACUCCUGUUCAACAAGAUUUAGACCUGUUUGUCGCUGGCUUUACUUCCCAUUUGCUGCCAACCAGCAUUGGUGUCAUCAGUAUGUGAACGAAGGCAGGCGAAUGUGACACACCCUCUCAAAAACGGCCUUUUCUUUCCCCAGGAGGGUAAAAGCAUCAAGAGCAGCAGCGGGUUCUCGGGGAAGGGCUUCAAGUUUGACGAGACGGAGCAUGCUCUGGCCAACGAGAGGAAGAAGCUGCAGAAGGCUGCUCUGGGUCUGCAGGACUCUGAUGAUGAGGAUGGAGCCAUGGAUGUGAGUACAGGUUCUGAUGAUGAGGAUGGAGCUCUGGAUGUGAGAGGUACAGGUUCUGAUGAUGAGGAUGGAGCUCUGGAUGUGAGGUACAGGUUCUGAUGAUGAGGAUGGAGCUCUGGAUGUGAGGUACAGGUUCUGAUGAUGAGGAUGGAGCUCUGGAUGUGAGGUACAGGUUCUGAUGAUGAGGAUGGAGCUCUGGAUGUGAGAGGUACAGGUUCUGAUGAUGAGGAUGGAGCUCUGGAUGUGAGGUACAGGUUCUGAUGAUGAGGAUGGAGCUCUGGAUGUGAGGUACAGGUUCCACACUAUUCUAAAGCCUAGAGUAGAAUGCCAACUGUGGCUUGAUUAGGUCUCAGUCCCAAUGGCACCUUAUUCCUUUUAUAGUGCACCGUUUUUGACCAGGGCCCAUAGGGUUAUAUAGGGAAUAGGGUGUCAUUGGGGAAGCACACACUCACCUGGUUCCAGACACUUCUAAAACCUUCAGUAGAAUGGCAACUAUGGCUUGAUAAUGUAUUGCAUUCCCUCCAUUGUGGUCAAACGGUAUGUUUCUAAACUAUCCUAGAAUACGUACUAUAUUGACCCGAUAUCUCACCCUGUCCUUACAGAUAGAUGAGCAGAUCGAGAACAUGUUCAACUCGAAGAAGAGGGUGAAGGAUCUGUCAGCUCCAGGGGGAGGGCCGCCCAGUGCUGCGGCCGCGGCGGCUGCGGGAGGCCUGGCCAACCUCGGUGCCCCCUCUGCUGGAAACAUCCAGAAACUGGAGAUGGCCAAGAGACUGGCUCUCAGGAUCAACGCCCAGAAGAACCUGGGGGCUGAGGCUCAGGUGGGUGUGGCCGUUUCUCUGCGAGUUGUUUUUAGUAGUCUUCACUUUCCAUCCUAACGUAAUCCAUUGCUCUCUCUGGACAGGAUGUGAUGCAACAGGCCACCAACGCCAUCCUGAGAGGAGGCACCAUCAUGGCCCCCUCCGUCUCGGCCAAGACCAUCGCCGAGCAGCUGGCUGAGAAGAUCAACGCAAAGCUCAACUACAUCCCUGUGGAGAAGCUGGAGGAGGAGAAGCAGGCGGCAGAGCAGGCCGAGACCGUCAAGAGAUACGAAGAGGAGUUGGACAUCAAUGAUUUCCCUCAGGUCAGUUUAUAUGGGGCUGGAUCCCAAACGGCACCCUGUUCCCUAUAUAGUGCACUACUUUUGACCAGAGCCUUAUGGAAUAGGGUGCUGUUUGGGACGUACACCUAGGGUGUAGGUGCAGGACUCUGCUCAUUGAAGGUGUACACACCAUCGCUACAUGAACUAUGCAUUACUUUAUCAUGCUAAUUAUCUUUUCAGUUGAACAUUGAAUAGUCUAUUUACCAUGUCUGUCCCUUGACAGAGUUUACGGUAAAAGCACUAGCUGGUAGAUCUUAUUCGCAUUUGUGACCGACCGGCUCGAUUCGGUUUUACGUAGCAAAAUUUGAAAUGAUAAAAGUAGAGACUCGUUGAGGAAAGUUGGGAAAGUAAUUCUGCUUUGAAAGUUGAUAAACUUGUAACUUCACUCAUGAGAAAAUGGCCCUUGAAUGUUUUGGUAGCUACUGGAGAGUACAACCUGGAAUUAAAAUGGAUUUUUGGGGGGGGUUGUAUCAUUUGAUUUACACAACAUGCCUACCACUUUGAAGAUGCAAAAUAUUUUUUCUUGUGAAACAAACAAGAAAUAAGACAAAAAAACAGAACUUGAGCGCGCAUAACUAUUCACCCCCCCAAAGUCAAAGCUAUCCAACCUUAUCAGUGACCUCAACCAAGUGAUUGCCUUUUCCCUUAGUCACUUUCCAGGCCCAUACUUCUUAUCCAACCUCCAUUGACCCCACCAUAUACAUUCCUCAUACAUGUAGCCAUUAACUUCUAGUAUAGCAGGUACAGUGGCUUGCGAAAGUAUUCACCCCCCUUGGCAUUUUUCCUAUUUUGUUGCCUUACAAACUGGAAUUAAAAUGGAUUUUUGGGGGGUUUGUAUCAUUUCAUUUACACAACAUGCCUACCACUUUGAAGAUGCAAAAUAUUUUUUUAUUGUGAAACAAACAAGAAAUAAGACAAAAAAACAGAAAACGUGAGCGUGCAUAACUAUUCACCCCUCCAAAGUGAAUACUUUGUAGAGCCACCUUUUGCAGCAAUUACAGCUGCAAGUCUCUUGGGGUAUGUCUCUAUAAGCUUGGCACAUCUAGCAAAACUGCUCCAGCUCCUUCAAGUUGGAUGGGUUCCGCUGGUGUACAGCAAUCUUUAUGUCAUACCACAGAUUCUCAAUUGGAUUGAGGUCUGGGCUUUGACUAGGCCAUUCCAAUACAUUUUAAAUGUUUUCCCUUAAACCACUCAAGUGUUGCUUUAGCAGUAUGCUAAGGGUCAUUGUCCUGCUGGGAGGUGAACCUCCGUCCCAGUCUCAAAUCUCUGGAAGACUGAAACAGGUUUCCCUCAAGAAUUUCCCUGUAUUUAGCGCCAUCCAUCAUUCCUUCAAUUCUGACCAGUAUCCCAGUCCCUGCCAAUGAAAAACAUCCCCACAGCAUGAUGCUGCCACCACCAUGCUUCACUGUGGGGAUGGUGUUCUCGGGUGAUGAGAGGUGUUGGGUUUGUGCCAGACAUAGCGUUUUCCUUGAUGGCCAAAAAGCGCAAUUGUAGUCUCAUCUGACCCAAGUACCUUCUUCCAUAUGUUUUGGGAGUCACCCACAUGCCUUUUGGUGAACACCAAACGUGUUUGCUUAUUCUUUUCAUUAAGCAAUGGCUUUUUCUGGCCACUCUUCCGUAAAGCCCAGCUCUGUGGAGUGUACGGCUUAAAGUGGUCCUAUGGACAGAUACUACAUUCUCCGCUGUGGAGCUUUGCAGCUCCUUCAGGGUUAUCUUUGGUCUCUUUGUUGCCUCUCUGAUUAAUGCCCUCCUUGCCUGGUCUGUGAGUUUAGGUGGGCGGCCCUCUCUUGGCAGGUUUGUUGUGCUGCCGUAUUCUUUUAAUUUUUUUAUAAUGGAUUUAAUGGUGCUCCGUGGCAUGUUCAAAGUUUCUGAUAUUUUUAUAACCCAACCCUGAUCUGUACUUCUCCAUGACUUUGUCCCUGAUCUGUUUGGAGAGCUCCUUGGUCUUCAUGGUGCCGCUUGCUUAGUGGUGUUGCGGACUCUGGGGGCCUUUCAGAAGAGGUGUAUUCAGUGGGGAGAACAAGUAUUUGAUACACUGCCGAUUUUGCAGGUUUUCCUACUUACAAAGCAUGUAGAGGUCUGGAUUUUAUAUCAUAGGUACACUUCAACUGUGAGAGACGGAAUCUAAAACAAAAAUCCAGAAAAUCACAUUGGAUGAUUUUUUAGUAAUUAAUUCGCAUUUUAUUGCAUGACAUAAGUAUUUGAUCACCUACCAACCAGUAAGAAUUCCGGCUCUCACAGACCUGUUAGUUUUUAUUUAAGAAGCCCUCCUGUUCUCCACUCAUUACCUGUAUUAACUGCACCUGUUUGAACUCGUUACCUGUAUAAAAGACACCUGUCCACAACACUCAAUCAAACAGACUCCAACCUCUCCACAAUGACCAAGACCAGAGAGAUGUGUAAGGACAUCAGGGAUAAAAUUGUAGACCUGCACAAGGCUGGGAUGGACUACAGGACAAUAGGCAAGCAGCUUGGUGAGAAGGCAACAACUGUUGGCGCAAUUAUUAGAAAAUGGAAGAAGUUCAAGAUGACGGUCAAUCACCCUCGGUCUGGGGCUCCAUGCAGAUUAUUUCACUUAUAAUUCACUGUAUCACAAUUCCAGUGGGUCAGAAGUUUACAUACACUAAGUUGACUGUGCCUUUAAACAGCUUGGGAAAUUCCAGAAAAUGAUUUCAUGGCUUUAGAAGCUUCUGAUAGGCUAAUUGACAUCAUUUGAGUCAAUUGGAGGUGUACCUGUGGAUGUAUUUCAAGGCCUACCUUCAAACUCAAUGCCUCUUUGCUUGACAUAAUGGGAAAAUCAAAAGAAAUCAGCCAAGACCUCAGAAAAAAGUCUGGUUCAUCCAUGGGAGCAAUUUCCAAACGCCUGAAGGUACCACCUUCAUCUGUACAAACAAUAGUACGCAAGUAUAAACACCAUGGGACCACGCAGCCGUCAUACCGCUCAGGAAGGAGACGCGUUCUGUCUCCUAGAGAUGAACGUACAAUGGUGCGAGAAGUGCAAAUCAAUCCCAGAACAACAGCAAAGGACCUUGUGAAGAUGCUGGAGGAAACAGGUACAAAAAUAUAUAUAUCCACAGUAAAACUAGUCCUAUAUCGACAUAACCUGAAUGGCCGCUCAGCAAGGAAGAAGCCACUGCUCCAAAACCGCCAUAAAAAAGACAGACUACGGUUUGCAACUGCACAUGGGGACAAAGAUCGUACUUUUUGGAGAAAUGUCCUCUGGUCUGAUGAAACAAAAAUAGAACUGUUUGGCCAUAACAUCGUUAUGUUUGGAAGAAAAGGGGGGGCUUGCAAGCCGAAGAACACCAUCCCAACCGAGAAGCACGGGGGUGGCAGCAUCAUGCUGUGAGGGUGCUUUGCUGCAGGAGGGACUGGUGCACUUUACAAAAUAGAUGGCAUCAUGAGGAAGGAAAAUGAUGUGGAUAUAUUGAAGCAACAUCUCAAGACAUCAGUCAGGAAGUUAAAUCUUGGUCGCAAAUGGGUCUUCCAAGUGGACAAUGACCCCAAGCAUUCUUCCAAAGUUGUGGCAAAAUGGCUUAUGGACAACAAAGUCAAGGUAUUGGAGUGGCCAUCACAAAGCCCUGACCUCAAUCCUAUAGAAAAUGUGGUUGUGAGUGUGACGAAAUAAAAGCAGGGCAUUCUAUCUGAAUUGUUUUACUUGGACGCUGUCUCAUUGGCAUAAUUUAUAUCCUAAUUUGACUUUGGUGCAGGUCAUGUUGUUCUUCACAUUACCUUCUCUGGUAAACACACACUAUAUCAAAUAAAAUCAAAGUUUAUUUGUCACAUGCACAGGAUACAGAAGGUGUAAACGGUACAGUGAAAUGGUUACUUGCAUAGUGGAGCCUUUUGUUUAGACAACAAUGAACCAUAAUCCCAACUCAUAACAUUACUACCGUGCAUGAACCUGCAGGUAACUAAAGCUAACCAAUUAGAUUCAAUGUUAGCUAGCUAGCUAACAUUAGGCUAUAACUAGCAAUGCAAAUGGCUUUCUGAGAUAUACAAAUAAUAUUACUACACAGAUCAAACACGUAAUGUUAGCUAGCGAGCCAGCCAGCUAACGUUAGCUAGUUAACAGUAUGCUUUAACUUGCAAUAAAAAUGACUCUGACAAAAUUAGAAAUGUAUAAUAUCUGAAAAUGUAGCUAGCUAGACUCUCUUAUCCGUAUACAUGGAUGAACGCUUCUUGCCCUUAGUUUGAAAAUGUAAUCCAGAGACCGGUGUUUUAUUCUCAAAACUUUUUGACCACGACUGUACACAUACUGAGCAGCUCAUGUUAUAGACAGAAGCACGCUACAUGGCAGACCAAUCCAAACUCAUCUCUCGGCAUGUCCAGCCCAUCCAUUAUCUCAGCCAAUCAUGGCUAGCGGGAAGGUUCCGGUCUUUUUCCAUGGCUAAACCAACUAGGCUCGUCAUUUAACUAUUUUAUUGGUAUUUACAGAUGACAUAGAAGUUUGUUAUUAAGGCACAUGAAAGUUCACAUAUUCCUGAAGGCAUUUCUCCCAAAAAAAAAACGCAUUUUGAUAAAAAAUAAAUGUUUACGUUCAAAUGCUGCUCCUGUGAAGUAGCGAUGUGCGACAUACGCCUAGUUUCCUGAAACGAGUCACAUUUGAUUGACAUUUGUUUGCCCUAUCAACAAAGUGAUUGUGGUUUGAGUAGUUUAUCCCACAAGGGGUAGGUGGUACAGACCUCUCAAAGCAUCUCAGAAUACGAGUCCUGAUCUAGGAUCUGUCCAUAUAUAAUAUUAUUCAUUAUGAUCUAAAAAAGGGCAAAAACUGAUCCUAGAUCAAAACUCUUACACCGAGACGCUUUUGUGAAAACUGGCCUAAGCGAACGGGAAGAUUUAAUGUCUGUUUCCUGUUUUCAACCAGACUGCGAGGUGGAAGGUCACGUCUAAGGAGGCCCUCCAGAGGAUCGGAGAGUACUCGGAGGCAGCCAUCACCAUCAGAGGGACCUACUUCCCUCCAGGCAAAGAGCCCAAAGAGGGAGAACGCAAGAUCUACCUGGCUAUUGAGAGUAAGCAGCUAUUCCACUUGCAUUGACAAUUUCCAAAGUCUUCACCAAUGUUGGAGAAUUGAGUGUUGCGUGUUAGCGGUAGUGGGUGUUUUUUUUUGAUGAUGUCACUUGUCGUGAUAUUUUGACGUGUUCGACUGACAGGUGCCAAUGAGCUGGCCGUUACGAAGGCCAAGGCUGAGAUCACUCGGCUCAUCAAGGAGGAGCUCAUCAGAUUAGUAAGUUCUGUCCAUAAAAUUAGAUUAAUUAUAUAUGUAUGGUUCUGUCCCCUGUUGUCUCUUUAUUUAUUUAUAUAUGUAUGUGUAUUUAUAUGUAUAUGUGUAUGUGUGUGUGUAUAUAUGUAUAUAUAUAUACAUAUAAAUACACAUUCACAUACAUAUACAUAUACAUACAUAUAUGUGUGUGUGUGUGUGUAUGUAUGUAUGUAUGUGUAUAUAUACAGUGAGGGGAAAAAAGUAUUUGAUCCCCUGCUGAUUUUGUACGUUUGCCCACUGACAAAGACAUGAUCAGUCUAUAAUUUUAAUGGUAGGUUUAUUUGAACAGUGAGAGACAGAAUAACAACAAAAAAAUCCUGAAUAUUAUAUAUAUUAAAUAUUAUCAAUUGAUUUGCAUUUUAAUGAGGGAAAUAAGUAUUUGAUCCCUCUGCAAAACAUGACUUAGUACUUGGUGGCAAAACCCUUGUUGGCAAUCACGGAGGUCAGACGUUUCUUGUAGUUGGCCACCAGGUUUGCACACAUCUCAGGAGGGAUUUUGUCCCACUCCUCUUUGCAGAUCUUCUCCAAGUCAUUAAGGUUUCGAGGCUGACGUUUGGCAACUCGAACCUUCAGCUCCCUCCACAGAUUUUCUAUGGGAUUAAGGUCUGGAGACUGGCUAGGCCACUCCAGGACCUUAAUGUGCUUCUUCUUGAGCCACUCCUUUGUUGCCUUGGCCGUGUGUUUUGGGUCAUUGUCAUGCUGGAAUACCCAUCCACGACCCAUUUUCAACGCCCUGGCUGAGGGAAGGAGGUUCUCACCCAAGAUUUGACGGGACAUGGCCCCGUCCAUCGUCCCUUUGAUGCGGUGAAGUUGUCCUUGUGGUCCUCUGUAGCUCAACUGGUAGAGCACGGCGCUUGUAACGCCAAGGUAGUGGGUUCGAUCCCCGGGACCACCCAUACACAAAAAUGUAUGCACGCAUGACUGUAAGUCGCUUUGGAUAAAAGCGUCUGCUAAAUGGCAUAUUAUUAUAUUAUUAUUAUUAUUAUUAUUGUCCUGUCCCCUUAGCAGAAAAACACCCCCAAAGCAUAAUGUUUCCACCUCCAUGUUUGACGGUGGGGAUGGUGUUCUUGGGGUCAUAGGCAGCAUUCCUUCUCCUCCAAACACGGCGAGUUGAGUUGAUGCCAAAGAGCUUGAUUUUGGUCUCAUCUGACCACAACACUUUCACCCAGUUCUCCUCUGAAUCAUUCAGAUGUUCAUUGGCAAACUUCAGACAGCUUUCUUGAGCAGGGGGACCUUGCGGGCGCUGCAGGAUUUCAGGCCUUCACGGUGUAGUGUGUUACCAAUUGUUUUCUUGGUGACUAUGGUCCCAGCUGCCUUGAGAUCAUUGACAAGAUCCUCCCGUGUAGUUCUGGGCUGAUUCCUCACCGUUCUCAUGAUCAUUGCAACUCCACGAGGUGAGAUCUUGCAUGGAGCCCCAGGCCGAGGGAGAUGGACAGUUAUUUUGUGUUUCUGCCAUUUGCGAAUAAUCGCACCAACUGUUGUCACCUUCUCACCAAGCUGCUUGGCAAUGGUCUUGUAGCCCAUUCCAGCCUUUGUGUAGGUCUACAAUCUUGUCCCUGACAUCCUUGGAGAGCUCUUUGGUCUUGGCCAUGGUGGAGAGUUUGGAAUCUGAUUGAUUGCUUCUGUGGACAGGUGUCUUUUAUACAGGUAACAAACUGAGAUUAGGAGCACUCCCUUUAAGAGUGUGCUCCUAAUCUCAGCUCGUUACCUGUAUAAAAGACACCUGGGAGCCAGAAAUCUUUCUGAUUGAGAGGGGGUAAAAUACUUAUUUCCCUCAUUAAAAUGCAAAUCAAUUUAUAACAUUUUUGACAUGCAUUUUUCUGGAAUUUUUUGUUGUUAUUCUGUCUCUCACUGUUCAAAUAAACCUACCAUUAAAAUUAUAGACUGACCAAUUCUUUGUCAGUGGGCAAACAUACAAAAUCAGCAGGGGAUCAAAUACUUUUUUCCCUCACUGUGUGUGUGUGUGUGUGUGUGUGUGUGUGUGUAUCUGCUAUUUGAAUGAUUAUGUUACUGAUGCUAGGCCUAGGGUGUAAUUGUAGAAUCAUUCUUGUCAAUCUAAUCAUCUACAUGUUGGUUGCAUCAUUGUAUGAUCCUGUGUAUGAACACCAGUAAUGAAAGUUGAAUGUAUUAAAAGUACUGAAAGUAAUUCACUUAGCGAAAAUAAUUAAAUAAUAGUGUUUCUCAUUGCUCAAUAACAAAUGUCUUCUCUAAUUUUAGCAAAACUCCUACCAACCCACCAGCAAAGGAAGAUACAAGGUUUUGUAGUGAGGACUUCUUUCUCCAACGUUUCAUCAUAUUUGUUUCAGAAUGUAUUAGUAUUUUUUUUUUUUUUUACUGUUAGACCAGUGACCUCCAGAAGGGAUUGUUC